AUGGUGAUCGCAGGCACCCAUCAGCGGCCUGUGAAUCAUCAUCGCAAUGUGAUUACAACCACAAUACAGGCACCGGUAACAACUGCGGCUGCUGUAGCGGCCGCUGCUGCUGCGGCCAAUCACCACCAACAUCAGCAGCAGCAACAACAACAACAGCAACAUCACCAGCUACAACAACACAACCAUGCAAACACUCCAAACAAUGGUAAUACGAUUAUAGCAACCGCUACCGCCGCUGCUCCGUCCAAUGCAAUCGAACAUUUUAACGUAACAUCUAUUGGUGAAUUGUCAAACGUUCAAUUGAGCAGUAUCAAUGCGCAGCUAGUGGGUGGUACUGUCACCGCCGAUGGCAAUUUGGUGACCAUGGGUGGCGUGGUCAUCGGACGUAUACAUCCUGCAUCAUUGCAAAGCAACGGACACACUUUACAACCGCAAUUACGCACUACCGCGCAGCCGGCCACCCGGGAAGAGCUGCAGCAGUUGGGUGUGAUUAAGGUGGAGUCGCCAGCAGCUGAGUUUCAAAAUGAAGGAUGAGUCGAGUACGAGUUGCUGCUUGAGUAUAUGCUCAAGGAAGACGAGGAGGACUACGCAGCCGCCUGCAGCGAAAAUAAACUAAAUGAAGUGAAGGAUGGAGCAAAAACCAAUGUAGUUUGUAGUGAUGGUGCUGCCAGUAGUGAAAGUGCUGGUAGUGGCACGCUUACAAGUGCAUGUGGCGGCGGAGGGCGCAAUUAAAGCAAGUAUUGGAUCUUGCAGUUGUAGUUGUUGUUGCUAUUGUUGCUAGUUAUUUAAUCAGAUAUACAAAAGUGAAGAAAAGCAAAAUAUCAUCACAUAAAUACAAUUGUUGCCAACAACAGGCCUGUCAUCAUGCUGAUAAUGUAAUUGUAAUAAAGUGACAUAAUUCCAACAUGCGGAAAAUGAAAAAAUUACAUUACAUUGGAUUAUAUACCAUGAUGCACCCUGAGAUUGUGGAUGCUUUUCGAAACUUAUUCAUUAAAUACACAAAAUUAACGAAUCAAUUAGUAAUAAAAAAAAGUUAUAAAAAUCAAAGAAAAAACAAACCUCUGUAGCCGUUAAGCUAGAAAGUAGCAACAAACAAGAAAAGCAAAUGAAAAGAUAAUAGAAAAGAGGAGUAAAAUCUAAAAAUUAUUAAUAAAUAUUGAUAGGGGAAAUUUAUUUUACGGGGGUUAGUUAAAAAUCAAGCACAAACUGCUUAAAAAUAAUUUGCCGUGUUCACUGGAGUAUAUUUUGUAAUGAAGUUGGUUAUAAAUUCUAAGCGCUGUGAGAAAACACUAAACUCCAUUUAUACUUUUUUUAAUUUAAUCAUGUUCUAAAAAGUGUUUGUCAUAAAAAUAAUUUGUGAGAUCAAUAUUAGUGGAGUGUAUUUUCAUAAUUAAUUAAAUCUGUAUUGUAUUCUGCUAUCAUACGUAUGUAUGUAUAUACAUGUAUACAAAACCAAUUAAUUACAAAUUAUGACAAUAAACUCCUGGAAUACUACUCGCGCUUGAAUCACACUCCAUCAAAUCGGAAUUUAUAACGAAAAUCAUGACAUAUUGGUAACUCUGAAAUGUGGUGGAAUAAAUGUAAUAUAAAUUCGUUAUAAAGGCUUAUUUUGUAUUUUAGUUUUAUAAUACAGCAAAUGAGACUUGUUUGUACUUGAAGCUAAAAAAACUACUUUAGGACGAAACUUAAACGAAGUCAAAAAAGAAGAAAGUUCUGUAUACAUAAGAUGAAAUUGCUUUAUGUUUUUUUUUUUGUUUUGCUUCUAAAACUACAACACUUAUGUUGAAGAUUUGUUGGAAUUGUAUGAAACAAAACCAUAUUAAGGCAGAUUUUAUUUAUUACUAAGUUUAAAAUAAAGUUUUGAAUUUUUGUAGAUAUAAAAGUUACAAGUAUUUCCACUAUUUUGUUGGUUAAUGAAAUUAUUAUAAAUUAUUUCAUGUAUAUCGGCGCAGAUGCGUAGUGGAAAUGUAAAAUUUAUUAUAAAAAUAUCUUACUUGAAAAGAAAAGAACUGUAAAUGAAACUAAGAAAACCUAUUUUUUGUCCAUUUCAUAGCAACUUUAAUUUUCUAAAACAAACUUCAGGUAGGGAAUUACUAAAAUAAUGGGAAAUCAAAGCAGUGAAUCCGAAACGUUGUUAAUAUUCCUACAGAUAAUAAAAUAAAUUUAAAAAAAUGUUGAGAAUUUCGAUGCAACUGAAAAUUACUAGUCUAUCUAUUUCUUAUACAAAAUUAUCUUUCGGAAUUUCUCUAAGUUCUGUUCAGGCUACAGUAUUUCAUGGACACUUGAAUAUUAUAAUUUAGUUGAGCUGUGCACAAUAACUAGCGCUUUUUUUUAAGAUGGUUUAAGUUUUUGCUUAUAAGUACCAUAACUGAUUCAUUCAAAAUGAGUGCAGAGGUAUUUUUUGUUCAUAAUCAUCACCUUUGGGCCUAGAAAACACAGUAGAUGCUAUUGUACGGCAUGAAAUACUUUGAACUUUUAAAAGGCUUUGGCGCAUGUGCCACAGUAUAACAUCAUUAUAGCUAUGCGCAUAUAUCCUUGUUAACGAAUUGUUUGCGCCAUACAGUCAAAUGAAAAAGUCAUCUAUAGUAAGUGUUCAUCGUGUAUCAAAAAUACGUUAAAGUACAUAUACAUAUGAAUAUACUUUGUUUAAUUCCCUGUACUACAUACUUGGUGGAAGUAGAAGAGUGUGAAGGAAAUAUGUAAUUAAGAAAGAGGUAAAGUUGUAGCGGUAUAUGUAAGUUCUGUUAUACGAAUAUUUAAGGAUUAUAGUGUGCGGCGAUGGCGUCGCUACGCAUCGAGAAUAGACAUAGAAGAGGAAAGACUAGUAAUUUCGAUUAGCCAAAGUCUGAAAUUAUGGUUAGUCGCCAUCUCAUUUGACUUUGUGAUUGUCAAAGAGAUUGACACAACUGAUAAUUAAUAACUGAAACUGAUAAUAAUAAAUACUAAUAUUAAUUAAAGAAAGAGUUUAACUAGCACUUUGAUGCCCAAACGUUUUCCUUUUAUUUUGUAAAAACAAGAUCGUAAGAGUUACACUAGACAAUUGCUUACUUGUAAAAAUAUAUAAUUACACACACGAUUUAAGUACGAAUAUAUGUAUGUAUAUGUUAAUAUUUUCCGAUUGUAAACAAGAAAUAUUUCGAGACUAUAAAAACUUACGGAAAAAGAU